UCCUGGACAAUCGUAGGGGUCGCUGCCCUCAUCCUGCUUCUGGUGGCCGUGGUGGCCCGAGUCCUCGUCACGAGAAAGCCGCCCCGGGACCCCCUGUUCUAUGUGUACGCAGUCUUCGGAUUCACCAGCGUGGUGAGCCUCAUCACGGGCCUGGAGCAGGACGGCGUCAUCGAUGGCUUCAUGACACACUACCUGAGAGAGGGCGAGCCCUAUCUGAACACGGCCCACGGGCACAUCAUCUGCUACUGGGACGGCUCGGCCCACUACCUGAUGUACCUGGUGAUGGUGGCAGCCAUCGCCUGGGAGGAGAGUUACAGGACCGUUGGCCUAUACUGGGUUGGAUCCAUUGUAAUGAGCACUGUGGUUUUUGUGCCUGGAAACAUCGUAGAAAUUAAGACUCUUGAAGGCUAUGUUGUUCAAGAGGUACAAGCAAAGGGCCUGCUGAGAAGACCUUGUGACUUGAUGCUGGUCCUGUGUCUCCUUCUGGCCACUGGGUUUUGCCUGUUCAGAGGCCUGGUUGCGUUGGACUGCCCCGCUGAGCUCUGCCGGCUAUACACACAGUUUCAGGAGCCCUACCUAAAGGACCCCGUGGCUUACCCUAAAGUUCAGAUGCUGGUGUACAUGUUCUAUUCUGUCCCCUACUUUGUGAUCGCCUUUUACGGCCUCGUGGUCCCAGGGUGCUCCUGGAUGCGGGACGUGACGCUGAUGCACGCCGGAGGCCUGGCCCAGGCCCAGUUUUCUCACAUUGGUGCGUCCCUCCAUGCGAGAACGGCCUAUGCCCACAGAGUCCCUGACGAAGCAAAAAUUCUCUUUUUAACAUUAAAUAUAGCAUAUGGAGUGCUACCUCAGCUCCUGGCCUAUCGCUGUGUCUACAGACCGGAGUUCUUCGUAAAGACAAAGGCAGAUGAGAAAGUGGAAUAGACCGGCCUUCGAGCUCUUCCUCUCUGGUCACGCCACUCACCGGCCGCACUGCCCAUGAGGGAAACGCCUCGGCCACUUCCUUUCCAGACACAGACACUCAGGCACAGGUGCUCGAUCUUCACUGCCUGUGUGAUCAAACUACAGUAUUGUGCAGGUUAAUUUUCUUCUUUUAUGGAAAACUGAAGCAAUUGGGAAUAGUUGUUUAAAGAAAUACCUCAAAAUUAUCUGUGGAUAAACCUGACCAUAUAUUUCAAUAUUCCAUUUGCACAUAUUAAAUUUUGUGUGAAAAAUUACAAUUUAAUGCCUACAACUGAGCAUAAAAAUGAAGUGAAUAUGGUUGAUGUAUAUAAAAUAAUUCAAAACAGCAGUUGCAGGUUGGAGAUAUAGCUUUUGCAUAUAAAAUGUAUAUGCUUCAUUAUCAACCUCAAUAUAAAAGGCUAUCGGAGUAUUUUAAAACCUUUUUUCAAGGAAAGUACGUUAACUGCUUUAAAAAAUUACUAUUAAAAAUAUUUGUGUGAAUCUAAAUAGUCAAAAUGAGAUAGCCUGUCCUUACCCUUAGUAAAGACUUGGUUUAUUGGUGACGAAAUAUUUCUAUUGUAUUUCUGUGCAUAUUUUUAAUAAAAUUAUUUUUGCCUUUAUGAAAACAAAUGGUGUUAAUUUGAAAUAUAUAUAUCUAUUUCAUAAGCUUUGACUAUUUAACAAAAUCUAUCCUAUAUAGUAUACAUAUAUGUGUAUUAUUGUUCCAAUAAAAAAUGUCUUCUACGUUCAGGUUUUAGUGUGAGCAAUGAAGAAAUCUUUUGAUGAAUUAAGAGUCAUUAAUUUUACUUAUUUAUUUUGGAGGUGCUGGGAUUUGAACUCAGGGCCUCACACUUACUAGGCAGGUGCUCUACCA